AUGUUUAUGUCAGUUAUCUUGGUCGAUAACAUAACGGUAUCUGCAGUGUCAAACAAUGAUCGUCGUUCUUCCGCUGAUGUUCAGCGAGGUCAUCUUGUAUCGAGUCGUAGUGAUUCAUUAAAUAGUGAUUAUAUUCGAGAUCGACUACCAAAAAUAGAAAUGAAUGCAACGAGUCAUUCAAUUAUCUUAACAUUACAUCCACCAACAAUUAAAGACCCAACAAUAAAAAAAUAUCGUAUACAAUAUGGUGUUUAUGAUCCAUAUCAACAUACACUCACUAUCUCCAUCAGUCAAACGACAGUCACCAUCGAUAAAUUAGAAGCUAAUAAGAAAUAUAUAUUUUCAAUGACACCAAUUACUGAGAACGGUGAUGUUGUUUUAGAUACACAAUUUUAUGAUUUUCAAAUGCCUCCGGAAGAUGACGAUCGUCAAGCGCCUAAAACUCCGCUGGAAUUAAAUGUGAUAACCCGUUCAAAAAAUAGUGUCCUAUUACAAUGGAGUGAUGAAGAAUAUCCGAAAUCGACUCGUUUACCAUCGUCACGUCGUUAUAAAAUUCGUAUAAAUGAAUUACAUAGAGGUCAAAUAGGAAAACAAGAAGAGUUAACAUCGAAUGAACAAUCGUUUUUAAUUGAAAAUUUGAAACAAUUAACAAAUUAUGAAUUUGCUGUUAAAACACUGGAUAACGAUUUAGAAAGUGAUUAUAGUUUAUCAAUCGAAUAUGCAAAUGCGAUUUAUCCACCAAAACAACUUAAUAUUAUUACCGACGAUGCAACGAAUCCAUUGAAAGUGACACUUACAUGGCAAUCACCCGAUGAUUCUGAUGGCAUACGAUCAUAUAUUAUUUAUUAUAUUGAUCAAACCACUAAUCAACAACAGCAGACAACAACACAUUCUGAUGUAACACAGACGGUUAUUUCAAAUCUGAAGCCAAAUACAAAAUAUCUAUUCAAAAUUGUUUCAACAAAUCGAUUUAAUGAUGAAUCUUCAGCUGAAACAAAAAUAUACAAAACACCAACAGUAUUUGAUGGAUCCUACUCAAAUAGUGAUGAUAUUGCCAUUGAUAAAUCUGUUAAACAUCCGAAAGAGCAACGUGGUUUUAUAUUAUCAACAAAUAGUCCUUGGUUAUCAAUCAUAGCUAUUGCUGGUGUGGCUGUUUUAUGUACUAUACUAUUUAGUGUUAUUUUAUGUUUAUGUUGUCGACGUCGACGUUCUAGUAAAGCAAAACAAAAUCAACGGCGUUUUUCUGCUACUAGUAACACAAAUCUAAAUAUGAAUACAUCAUCAUCGGUCAUGAAACCAACAGAUAUAUGGGCGGGUGCUGAUCAUUCUUUGGUACACGAAAAUAAUAACCAUAAUUCAGGAACAACAAUUAGAAACAAUAGUAUUGAACGACAUUAUGAUGGAAGCGCGUGUAGUAGUGGAACAAUGCAGCGAUGUCACCAUCAUCAUCUUCAUCAACAACAUGAAAUUCAACCACUCACAGGUGGUAAUGAUUUACAACAACGACAUUCAUAUGUGCCCUCAAAUGAUGGUUCUAGUAGUGCUGCUGACGUAUCGACAACAAAUAAUAAAAUGAUUAAUCAACGUUCACGACCAAUAGCAAUGCCAUUUGAUCAAACAACACAAUUAAAAGAUCGAAAAUCAAUGAAAAAUUUACCCAUGGCAGCUGCUUUUCCAAUACCUAACACGCUUCUGAAUACGACACUUGGUGAUCGUCAACUACACCAACAUCUUCAACAGCAGCAGCUUACCGUAAGACCUGUUCAACAAAAAGUUCAAUAUAUUGCUCGACCAAAUGAACACUCGAUUGGCUCUGCACCAUCAUCUCCCGAUUAUCAACAUUCACCAUCCAUAAGUAGUAAUAAUAGCAAUACAAAUAAUAAUCCGCAUUUAAUGGCACAAUCGACAACUGGAGGUGUUUACGAUAAAGUAACUCCAAAUGAUAUUGUAGCAAACAAUCAGCGGACAUUAUUAUUAUCAUCAAAACCAAAUCUAAGAAGUUUUACUGUGCCCGUCGCUCCACCAGUCGUUCCACCACUACUUCAAAAACAACAAGUCCAUGUUCAACCAAAUAUUCAAAAUAAACCACCAUUUCGUAGCCCAAAUAGAGCGGUCCUUGCUACUUAUUCAAAAGGUUUAAACAUAAAACAGACAUAUGACGGUGUAAAAUCUACCGACAAUUUGGCUGAAAAGAAAUUUUUGUCAAACGAACCAUCAGACGUUAAUCCUAUUGCAUUAGAAGAAUUUGAAAAAGAUUUACACGAUUUAGUUGCUAGAGAUUUUAUUGUUCCAAAACAACAAUAUAACUUUUAA